AUGGAUCUGCUUCUCGCUGCUACUUAUACCCAAUGUAAUUGGCGCUGCAGCAGUGAGAAUGCUGAACUUUUCUUCUUCGCCUAUUUCAAGGCUGUGUCAUGCCAAAGGUUCGUGGACAAAGGCGGGUAUCUGCUGUGGAACGCGGACAGAAACAUCCUGGACAGGGCUGAAGACAGACUGGAGUUCAGCUUCCGCUACUGUAACGACAGGGGACUGAUCAUCUAUCAACAGGGGGAGGGAGGGAGUUACUUCGCGCUGGGUGUGACGGAAGGGAGGCUGUACAUUGAGGCGUCCAUUGAGGACAGGGUCGUGGAGAUUUUUAUCGGUGAGUCGACCCAGGACGUGGUCCUGAAGAACCAGACGCACGAAGUGAUCAUCACGGGUUUGCGGGGGCUGGACUCGGACAUGAGAGUCACUAUCAACGGCACGGAGUACCCGCCUCAGAUCCUCACCGUCGUGUCCGUGGAACUCAGCUUCUCUAGUGUUGCCAUGAGGGGGCCGACUCUGGUGGGAGGGUACAAGAACAUCUUCGAUCUCAGGCUGAAUACCCAGCGCCUGAAAGCCUACCCUAUCGCGUGUAUCUUCUACAUCCGUACCGGUGCGGGCGAGGACCUCGAGCCUGUUCCCCUGACAUCGGCAGACGAGACCCAGGGAGUCCUCGACACCUGCACCGUCUGCCCACAGCCUUCCACCAUCUCCAUGACGACGCUGACGUCAUACAUAGAGAUGCAGAUCGACAAGCAACCGACCACAAGUACCGUCAUCAACUUCCGGUUCAGGACAAAAGCUCUUAACGGCUUGUUGCUGUAUUUCGGAGGACCUGCGUACCUCGCAGUAUACUUGAGAAACGGUGCACUUGUGCUGAGACUGAACACAAAGGGAAGCGGCGUGGACGCGGUCCGGCAGUCCACACGGCAGGCUCCGUUCAACGACGGGGAAUGGCAGGAGAUUACGAUACGCAGGGAGAAUAACGUGGCUACCAUGUACAGUCUGGCGGGGGAUGUGCUCGCACGGGUGGAGUUCGUGGGUGAAAGCUCUGACACGGCGCACGUGCUGAACGCGCAGUCGCUGUUUGUGGGCGGCGUGGAGGACCCGCGUGGCCUACCAACUGACAUGAGAACGUCGUUCCGCGGCUGUCUGGACGAUCUGCGCUUCACCGUGCUGCAGGACGCACCACUGCCUUACGAGUUCCAGAGGCAGAACGUAGGCUUCAGGGACAUAGAGUUCAGCUGCAUGCACAACCAGACGUGUGAGUCCUACCCGUGCCGACCGGACCGCGGCGAGGCGUGUGACGUAGGCGUGUGCGAGUGCGCGGAGGGAUACGGGACCGUGAACCCUGACCCCCUGACGUGUGAGAACAUCGACGAGUGCGAGCCCGAACCCUGUCAGAAUGGCGCCACCUGCACCGAUCUGAUCGCGGACUACAACUGCGCCUGUACCGAACAGUACAAGGGUAAGAACUGCAUGUUGGACAGGAACUGCUACUACUACCCGUAUUAUAACGGCAAGAACUGCACACUGGACAGGAACUGCUACUACUACCCGUGUUAUAACGGAGGCACCUGCCUGGAGAUGGACACCCCCACGCGAAAUGAGACCGGCCGGAACUGCACAUGCGCACAUGGCUUCAUGGCUGACGACUGCAGUGUGGUGGACUACUGUGCUGACAACCCGUGCGGAGUCGGCGUCUGUAACAAUUACGUCUCCGGGUACAACUGCACCUGUCCGGACGAUCCCGGAGAGAUUGUCAAGGACCGUCAGAACUGCGGUCCGCUGGCGGUGCGGAGCCCCAUCCAGAUCUCGCCCGCAGCGCUCGUCAUCGUUCUCUUCGGAGUCGCCAUCCUCAUGGUGGUAGUGAUAGUGUUCCUUGCGUUCCGACGCUCCUACCUGAAGCGGAAGAGGGAAGCCCUGUUGGACUACCCCAAAAGCCCCGUGUACGAGGAGUCUCGCGAGAACGUGGUGGAGUACGGGGAGGAGGGGUACGGGGAGGAGGACCAGGACACGUUCGACGUCACCGUCAUCCAGUCCGCGGGGGACACACUCAAACACCGCAAGAAGUUCCCCGUGCUGUCGCCAGAGGACGCUGUUGAGGUGGCUGACUUCAUCAGCAGUCGGCUGAGUGACGCAGACGUCGACACGAACGCCGGCGCGAGGGACGCCAAGAUGUCCUUCGCUGACGAGGGAAGAGGCACGCCGGCGACGUCACUGAGCUCACUGAACUCCAGUAGUACGGAGGAGGAGCAGAGCUAUGUGUACCUACAACGCUGGGGGCCACGGUUCUCUAGGUUAUCUGAUAUGUUCAAUGAUGGCGAUAGCGAUAGUGACUAG